GGACCUCUGUUCUCUUUCUCUAGCGUUUAUAUUCAUCUGUCACAGACGCCCCCUCAUCACUCGAUCCUUCCUUCACCACUUCACACUCCAUUCACUCAUCUUCAGAGCUCUCCAGAUCUUGUCUCUCCCGCAGCUAUGGCAGAGAAGGUGACCAGAAUGCUGAUAAAGGUGGAUUUGCAGUGCUCGCGCUGCAUCAAGAAGAUACAGAAAGUUCUCUGUGGAAUUCCCCAAAUCCGAGACCGGACAUACGAUGAAAAGGAGAACACGGUGUCAAUCACCGUCGUCUGCUGCAGCCCAGAGAAAAUCAAGCAGAAGAUCAUCUGCAAGGGUGGCGAGACGGUGCUGAGCGUCGAGAUCCUGCCCGACAAGGAUACCAAGAAGCCCAAGAAGGUCAGGUUCGAUUUGCCACCGGAAGAAACCGCCAAGCAGCCUGCUCCUGCGCCGAUGCCAGCACUGCCCCAGAAAGCCCCCAAACCUGCUCCACAGAAGGCUCUGCAGCAGGUGCCCGUGCCGCCACCUCCAAAGGCACCAAAGCUGGUGAUGGGCUACCCGCCAGGUUGUCCAACGGUGGGGGUGUGUUGUUGUCCCCCAUGUUAUGGAGGGUAUGGUGGGGGACCAUGCUAUUGUGUGCAGCGGAGGCCGGUGAUGUGCUAUGAUGGAUGUGGAAGACCGGCUUGUGAGUGUCCAGGUGGGAAUAGAGGUUUCUAUCCUGGGCAGGGGAGGCCAAUGAUGGGCGAAUGGAUGUGGUAGAUCAGCUUGUGAGUGUCAUGGUGUGAUUAGUUAAGAUAUGGCCACUACAUGCACCUUUAUGUGAUCGAAUUCAAUGUUUUUCAUGUCAAUUACUAUUGUAGGAACUUGGUGAAAUAUACGUUAACCAAAUGUUUAGGGCUAUCUAGGCGUCUUUUAUCAUUGUGGAUAUAGAAAGAUUGAUAAUGUUGGUGGCCUAGUAUGGUGGUAUAUGUGGUCAAGUAUGUUCAAAACAUGACUUGUUGCUUGCUGAUUUCUUCAUUCAAUAAAAUCGAGUCCUUUUCGUGUCUC